CCUGGCCGGGCGGCAUGAGGCGGGCUCCGCCGGGGCUGCCCGUCGCCUAGCGCGGCCCGGGCCCGUGGGGCCAUGUCGGACGAGCGCAACAUGGAGAGGACGAUCAAGGAAACAUUCAUUUUAGAGGAAUACAACAUUAACUGGACCCAGAAGCUGGGGGCUGGAAUCAGCGGUCCAGUGAGAGUCUGCGUGAAAAAAUCUACUCAAGAACGAUUUGCACUGAAAAUUCUUCUUGAUCGUCCAAAAGCUAGAAAUGAGGUACGUCUGCAUAUGAUGUGUGCAACACAUACAAAUAUUGUUCAAAUUAUUGAAGUUUAUGCUAACAGUGUGCAGUUCCCUCAUGAAUCCAGUCCAAGGGCUCGGCUCCUAAUUGUAAUGGAGAUGAUGGAAGGGGGAGAGCUAUUUCACAGAAUCAGCCAGCACCGGCACUUUACUGAGAAGCAAGCAAGCCAAGUAACAAAGCAGAUAGCUUUGGCUUUGCAGCAUUGCCACUCACUAAAUAUUGCACAUAGAGACCUCAAGCCUGAAAAUCUCCUCUUCAAGGAUAACUCUUUGGAUGCUCCUGUUAAAUUGUGUGACUUUGGAUUUGCCAAGGUAGACCAAGGUGACUUGAUGACACCCCAGUUCACUCCAUAUUAUGUAGCACCUCAGGUUUUAGAGGCACAAAGACGACAUCAGAAAGAAAAAUCUGGUAUUAUCCCUACCUCACCCACACCCUACACUUAUAACAAGGACUGUGAUUUGUGGUCUCUGGGUGUCAUCAUUUAUGUGAUGCUGUGCGGAUACCCUCCGUUUUACUCCAAGCAUCAGAGUCGGACAAUUCCAAAGGACAUGCGGAAAAAGAUCAUGACGGGAAGUUUUGAAUUUCCAGAAGAAGAAUGGAGCCAGAUCUCAGAAAUGGCAAAAGACAUUGUGAGAAAGCUGCUGAAGGUGAAGCCUGAGGAACGGCUGACGAUAGAAGGAGUGCUAGAUCAUCCCUGGCUAAACUCCACCGAGGCUCUCGAUAAUAUUUUGCCUUCUGCCCAAUUGAUGAUGGACAAGGCAGUGGUUGCUGGGAUACAACAGGCUCAUGCAGAACAGCUCGCUAACAUGAGGAUCCAGGACCUCAAAGUCAGCCUCAAACCUCUCAACUCUGUUAACAACCCAAUCCUACGCAAAAGGAAAUUGCUGGGCACUAAACCAAAGGAUGGUGUCUAUAUCCAUGACCCCGAGAAUGGAAGUGAUGAUUCCAACGUGGCUCUGGAGAAACUCCGAGAUGUGAUUGCACAGUGUAUUCUACCACAGGCUGGUAAAGGAGAGAAUGAAGAUGAGAAACUGAAUGAAGUGAUGCAAGAAGCUUGGAAAUAUAAUAGGGAAUGCAAGUUAUUACGAGACACUCUUCAAAGCUUCAGCUGGAAUGGUAGAGGAUUCACAGAUAAGGUGGAUCGGCUAAAACUGGCAGAAAUAGUAAAACAAGUUAUUGAAGAACAGACAAAUUCUCAUGAUUCACAAUAGCUGAAGCUUCUUAAUCUUAUUUUUUUUACCAUUUAAGAGUUAUUCUUUAACUGUAAAAAGUAUUUUUAUGUAAAUUAAUAAAUCAUAAUUAUUUCAUUAAAUUUCCAUACUGCUUGAAGAUGCUGUAUAGUUGUAGAUAUAAAAAUCAUUGGUACUGUAAUAUUUUUUUAAAACUCAGUUCCUCAAGGUAUAUAUGAUCACUUAUGUACUGUUAACUCAUGAGUCCCUUACGUGGGGCAAAUUAUUGUUUAAAAACCAUUUGUUUUCUUAAUAACCAGAUAGCUGCCUUCCAUCUGCUAUACAUACAGCCAGCUGCAAUGACUAAUAUAUAUAUAUAUAUAUAUAUAUAUAUAUAUUAUGAAUGAGGCAACUACAAUUUCUUAGCAUUCUGCUCAAUGAAUACUUGAAGCAAGUGCUGUGGAACAUAAACUUCAUAGCCACCCUUUGUUACCUAAAUUAUGAUUUUAUUUAUUUAUUUUUUUUUUGGUAGUGGCAGCAGAAUAAUUUGCCCUGGCAGUGACCUGAGGGCCACUCUUUUAGCACUUUCAGGAAGCUGUGCAUCCAAACCCAUACGCUUGCUAUAAUUUUCAGUUCUGAGUGAUAACUCUAGUCUUUUCUUCUUCAGCCCUGCCUCUUCAUCCUGGCUUCGCUAAGACUGAGUGACAAUUCAGUGGAACUGUCACGAUUUUAUUUCAUGUUAUUUUUUAAACAGGGGAGAACUUUAGUGACUUUGAUUACUUAUUUUUAUUUGAAUGGUGGUUCGUCCCUCAGACAACACUAUAAGGGAUUUGUUUGCUUUUGCCCCAGACAAAAAAAAGUUGAGCCUGAGUUCCCUCCACUUUGCUGGAAUAUCUGACUCUGCAUCAGAUGACAACUCCUGGUUUCUCCCUUGUAUAAACACGAUGCUGCGGUGAGUUUGAUGCUGGUCACUCGGUUGCAGCCCCUCUGGAGUCUAAGCCCAUCAUUGCAUUGCUGUACUGGAGUCCCUUCUGCUGGCAGAGUUGUUCACCAGGACUCCUCCCUAACCUGAGGUCCCUGUGCUGCUGGUACUGAGGCCACCAAGGGCAAAUUCCUACACUACUCUGAAAUGGUUCAAAAAGCUGCUUUUUUAAUUUUAAUUUAAAAAAAUACAAAACUGUACAUAUUUCUAGUUUUCUAUCUUCUGACACUUUUCUUUCUUUUGAGACUGGUUGAAGGCUUUUUAUAGAGAUAUUUUGGUACCAUACCUGUGCAGACAUUGAGAAAGUUUGGUCUGCUGACUGAAGUGCCAAUUCAGGGCUAUUAGGAGUAAUUACUCUUAACCUUUAUUCUUAACCUUAAAAACCUGAGCCAUGGAUCUCCCAGUGUACCCACUAUGGCAGUCAGGCCUUGUUCAUUUUGUGUUGUUUUUUUUCCCCUCUCUAAAUCCAAUUUCCUCAAGACUCUUAGCUUUGGAUGGUCAACCUGUGUCUGAUUCUUUCUAUAGGAUUUUGUAAACAAUGUCUUAGUUUUUCUUACGAAAAUGAGAUGUCACGUUGCGGUUUUUUCCAGUGUAUAUGUUAACCUCAUUAGCUUUCUUCCAAUCUGUUUCAGCAGUCCUCCAUAUCGCAGAGCUUUAAACUUCUUGAUUAUUGCAAAUUUCAGACAGUCCUUACUCAGCCAAAUCUUUUCCUGACUGCAGCGGGAGAUUGCUUCUUGCACAAGAAUGACAGAAUUGCAGCCUUUAAAACACUACAUUUGAAUACCUGUGCACUGAUGCAUACUAAUGAGAGAGGUAGUGACCUAGUAGGAAAGGAAUCACAUUUUUUGUAUUUCCUCAUGUCAGCCUCCAUCAAAUCUUUGAAGAGUUCAGAUUUUUUUAAAUUCAAAAAACAAACUCACUAUGUAUCUUGUCUUCAGUUGCAAAUUUUUAGGCAUGGGAUGUGGAGAAUAAAACAGAGAGAUUGCACUGUCUUUUUAGUAGGAAUCACAUGCUUAAUUCCCCACAGACCACUUUGAAGCUUUACCAUACAAGCCACUAGUAAGUUCCCAGGAGCUUGAGGCCAGAUUUAGCUUGUAUGAAAUGGGAUCAGAUGGUGACUACUCUCAUGGUUAAUAAGGAGCGGUGUUGCACAUGCAGUAUUGCCAUGCUACCCUCUAUCAUGAGCCAAACAACUUCUGGUUGGUGAGCAAGAUGCAGUAUAAAUGCACUACGGCCAGCUUUCUGAUGUGGGCUGCCCCCAGUAUGAAAGGGGAUUCUGGCAAGGCUUGCCCUGUAGAGCUCCAGCAUAGGUCACCUUUGGCUACUUCUGCCUUAACUGGUGACCUGGUGUCUUAAUCUGCCUUUGCUUUGGGAUUCAAACUAAUAUGAGAUUCCAACAAGACUUCCUCUGCCGCUGUUUUGUAAUGAUCCUUUUAGAAAUGGUUUCAAGCUGUUUCCACAAUACAAAGUAUGUGUUAUAUCAGGAACAGAAAGCCUCAGACUGUCAUAGCAACUGCUUUUAGAUAGACUUGAAACAGAAAUAGCAAAUGGGUUAGGAAGACCUAGAACUGCCUAAUUAAUUGCUGAUCAUUGUGAUCAAGUGUCUGUUCUCCAUUGAAUCUCUUUAAUUUAUUUAAGCAACAGAAUUACUCUGGGCCAUUGGUAAUUGCAAGGUGGGUUCAUUCACAAUUGACUAAACCAAUUUGAUAUUUGAACAGUGCAGGUUUGGAAGGGAGAAAUCAAAUGCAUUUUGACAUGUUUUUGGUGAGAAAGUACUUGUAUAGGGGUUUGCUGUUGAUCAUAUUGUUCAUCAGCUGAUGAACUGGGCUGAUCUGAUGUGUGUGUAUAAGGAAGAGAAGAGUAAGAUGACACUAGCUAAACCUAAAGGUCAAAUGGUUUUAUAUGUCUGGUUAUAAAAACUUUAAUUAGUUUUGUUUUUUAAAAAUUUAGGCUAAAUUUUAGAAUUCAGAAUUAAAUAUACUUUACUGGUUCCUAUGUAAAUAUUUAAAAGUUAUAUUUUCGUCUUUCCACCUUUCUUUAAGUUUUCAGGAAAUGGAACUACAAGGUAUUUUUAUUGAUUGUGUAAAAUUCAACUUGGAAAUAAAUCCCAUGGAUCUUUCAAAGCUGACUGUGAGUAUUGUAUAUAUGAUAUCUUGAAAUGGAAAUGUCUUCAGGAUGGUACCCAUAGAAGAAUAAUUCUUGGUAAAAACACUAAACGGAUACAAGAAAGUUGCCAUGGCUAUUAUUAUUAUUAUUAUUAUUAUUAUUAUUAAUUUUUAAAAAAAUCUUUGGCUGAAAUCAUUUGACCUUUACAUAUUGUCUUUUAUAUUAACUUAUCCUGUAAUUUGACUGUUUUUGGCUAUUUAAAAAGAGUUUAAAGGAACUUGAUUAGAAAAGAUGUUUUUGGUUGGUAAUAGCAACAUGUCAGAGCUUCGGUAUCAUUACAUCAUGUGGGUUUUGGUCUUUUUUUCUCUUUUGAAAUCCCUCUUGGAGACCUUCAUUGGCCAUGUUUAACUCGUGUACUAAAAACAUUUUGAUUUCUCUUUCAGUGUUAUCUGUCACGUGUUAGUUUUAUUUUGGAUCAGUAUUAUAUUGUAAAUAUUCUGCAUCAGUGUACAUAAAUGAUUUUACUAAACU